AUGAACAUGUCAGGGUUGACUUUGCAGGAAUACGAAUUCGAGAAGCAGUUCAACGAGAAUGAAGCCAUUCAAUGGAUGCAAGAAAACUGGAAAAAAUCUUUCCUGUUUUCUGCUCUAUAUGCUGCCUUUAUAUUCGGUGGUCGGCAUCUAAUGAACAAAAGAGCAAAAUUUGAACUAAGAAAACCAUUAGUUUUGUGGUCUUUGAGUCUCGCAGUUUUCAGUAUAUUUGGUGCUGUUCGAACGGGUGCUUAUAUGGUGUAUAUAUUGAUGGCCAAAGGACUGAAGCAAUCAGUUUGCGACCAGAGUUUUUACAAUGGACCAGUCAGCAAAUUCUGGGCAUAUGCAUUUGUGCUAAGUAAAGCACCAGAAUUAGGAGAUACGAUAUUUAUUAUUCUUAGGAAACAGAAGCUCAUCUUCCUCCAUUGGUAUCACCAUAUUACAGUACUACUUUAUUCUUGGUACUCUUACAAGGACAUGGUGGCCGGUGGUGGCUGGUUUAUGACCAUGAACUAUGGAGUACAUGCAGUCAUGUACACAUAUUAUGCCUUGAGGGCUGCGGGCUUUAGAGUAUCACGCAAAUUUGCCAUGUUUAUUACCUUGUCACAGAUUACACAGAUGUUUGUUGGCUGCAUAAUCAACUACCUGGUCUUCGCCUGGAUGCAACAAGGCCAAUGCCACUCACAUGUUUACAACGUUGUUUGGUGUUCCCUCAUGUACCUCAGCUACUUUGUGCUCUUUUGUCAUUUCUUCUUUGAGGCAUACAUUGGCAAAGCAAGGAAAGCAAGGAAGGCUGAGUAACGCUAGGAAUACUGCUAAGGCACCACUCAGCUCAUCGACCAAACACAAAGCAAAACAAAAUGGCACAACAAAAACCAUUUAUACAUGGUGCAAGUAAAACUCAGCAGCUGUGGACAGAUAGGUUUGUUCGAACCAAUGAAUUUAUGAUCAUGUUAUGGUAAGUACUCAAGGAAUGAUCUUACAUCUUAGCAGGCUGCUGUAAGACACCUUCUUUCUUGCAUCUCUUAAAAGAAGCAAUCUUGCAUUUAGAAAAUAAAAGAGAAGAAGAUCAGAAUUUUGCAAAAUAAAAUAUUAAAAUAUAUGGUUUCCCCGAUCAUAGAUAACAUUUAUUUUAAAUGAAAUUUAUUAUAUUCUUUCUAACUUUUGUUUUCAAAUAUGUAAAACUUGAACAAAAUUUAAGAAGAGGAAACAAAUCGUCUGUAUCCUAUGAAUAUACAAAGCUGCCUUAUACUGUCAGAGUAUGCUUCUUUUGAGUUCCAUCUUCUCUACUCUGACUGGCAGCAGUUCCACUAAUCUUGAGAAAUGCCCUACAAGUAAAGAUCCUGGUGUGUUUUUUUAUAUAUGUAUAUACACCCAAGAAUCCAAGGAUUAAACCUUGGACGUUUCUGCAGGCAAAGUAUUUGCUCUCCAAUUGAGUUAAGGAUCCUUCCUAUACAAUGCCAGUAUUUCUGUAAAGUGGGGAAAAGCUCCUUGAAAAGGUCUCACUCUAGGAAGCCAAAUUAUAAAAAUUAAAGGUACCUAUCAAAGCUCUUAUCAGGGCAGCCAUUUAAAUUCCACUGAAGCACCACAUGAAAAAAUGGUAACUGUAGGUGCACAAGAGAGCAUGGAUGUCUGUGUUCAUAUAUAUUGUGUAUUACGCUGUCAGAGGAUCUGGUAUGACAGUUAAAUAAGAUUUAAAAUUAGAAUAAUCUGAAGAUUGAUUGCUUUCUUCAGAAAUGCAUUAGAAGGCAUUGAUUCAAGUGUAUUUUGAGUCUAAAACACGGCCAAGAAUAGUUGUAAUAUUGAGUCAAUUUGCUGGAACUAUUGAUAAUGGAGAGCAGGAGAAGGAGAGAGAAAAAGGGGAUAGGGAAAUGGCCCUACACAAUAGGCCAAUUUGCAGAGAUCUUUUCAGCUACUGUGCUGUAAUGCUGUCCUACUGUUUCAGAUACAGAGGAUAUUGUUCACUCUUCAUCUAGUUGGUAUAUGUCACCUGAAUCACUUUAUCCAAAGUUAUUUCUAGAGUUGUUCAAAAUAAGGGAAUGCAAAUGUUACAGUAAGGCUGGUUUUUGAAACAAAGUUUCCUGCUUCCAAUGUCUUCUCUUUCUUCUGGUUGAUUCCAGUGAUGGCUCACAGCUCAUGACCACAAGUCAUUAAGAGAACUUGUAAUUUCUUUAUCAUAGAUCAUAAACAGAGGUACAGUUUUAAUUGGUGUGUGCAAAUUGCUGCUCCUACCAAACAAGUCUAAGGCUCCAAAACUGAGGUGGAACCAUCAUAGGUAGGAGAAAAUGGAACCUCUCCUAAGAUGAUAGAGCCCAAAAAUACAUCAUUAAGUGCAAUUGGAAUGAAAGGUACAAAGACGAAUAAAACUUAGCUUUGGAGAUAUAUUAGUAUUAGAGAGAUCAGGAAACAAAUACUGUGGUAUGGUACAUAUUUUAUAUUUUUAUGAACUUCAAAGAAUAGAUAUCUGCAACUUUAAAUAGUAUUUUACAGACUGUAUAUGACUUUAGCUAACACUGUGCUUCUGUAUUUGCUUCACAAGCAAUGCAAAGAUGUUUAAAGUGCCCUCUGGCGGUCACUUAGAGAUACUACUCUAGAAGGCAGGCCAUGCAAUCAUACUGCAAGCUUUGAAGAGGGCAAAUCCUGAAUGGAGUGGUUGUGCUGCAACAAAUUAAUGUAUAGAAAAACUUCACGCUCACUUUAAAAAAAAAUCCAUAGGAAAACUAUACUGUAGCAUCCUUGAUUGCUUAAAAAGACAUCUGGUUCUUCAGUCAGCUGCAGAUAAAAAGAUGCCACUCUGAACCUCAGAGAAAUAGCUGAAAAGAGCCAUAUUUUCUACAAAGAAAAAGUAGAUUGUUUUAUCUGUAAGAUUUCAGACCUUACAAAGCCAAAUAAAAUAUAUAACAUUCCUAAUACUUCAAAGAAACAAGUAUGUAAAUUUAAUGUUACAAGUGUAUUAGCAUAGUGUUUUCUCAUUUCUAUGUUUAACAAUUAGAAGAACUAGAGAAACAAUGGAAAGCUGCUGCUCUAUGUAUGGAAUCAAACGUACAUGUAACUACAUAUAUAAUCCUUACAUGACUUGUCCCCCAAAAAAUGAAUGGGGCCAGGCAGAAUCACCUUUUUUUAAUGGAAAAUGAUGUCAACUUUCUUACUUUAACCUCAGACUACAUAGUAAUCUUACCUUGAUUUAGCUUCAACUGUGCUGUCUGUUAUUCAAGACUCAAUGUAAUAACCCUGUUAGACAUAAAGGGCUUUCAAUGUUUCAUGAUGUCCAGGAAAACUGCUACAUAUAUGACUGUAUGUGAACUGUAUUUGGGGGGAGAGGGCUGUGGGAUUGAGAAGAAGCUCUCUAAGGCUUAAUCAUAACUGUGAAAACCUAAAAAAAAGUUUGUAACUGUGUCAUUUAAGUUAUUGAUGUUCCAACAUUGUUAUAUACUACAAGAAUAACAAAAUAUAUUAAGUAGAACAUAAAGAUAUAAUAGUAAAUUAUAGGACUUAUAGGGUACAUGGGCAUUACAUUAAAAUGUAGACAAUGUUAUUUGGGGUUAGGAGGGCAAGAAUUAUAUUCCACAGAAAAGCCUUCCUUUGCUUUCUGCUCCCACAACAAAUAUUUGAAGCAAAACUAAAGUGUGGAAAAGUUGUGGGCAGUAGUAGUUGGUAAUUGGUGCCCUUACCAUGUGCAUCUCAAUUGUUUUCAUUAUAAGCUGAUCUACUCAUUCAUGGAAAAUUUACUUUUUUAAAAGUUGGUAUUUCACAAGGGAUGCUAAGAAUUUUAUUCUUUUUGCUCCCUGUAACCAAAGGAAUGGACUAUAUCAGUGAAGAUCAUUGAUUUAAAAGUUUUUUUUUCCUGAUUUAUUCUAGUGUUAAUAAUAGUGAUAAGCAACCAUUUAGAUUCUUUCUUCAUAUGACUUGUGAGAAUGCUUUGACAGGGCAGUUCUGAGAUAGUUGUUCAAAUGCACAAUGUCACAGAACUCGAAACAGAGCAUUCCAGCCUUAUUCCUCUUCCAUUAAAGCUGUAGUCGUUUACUUUUG